ACCAAGACAUCUUCCAGGAAACUGCUGAAGCUGAGAACCAAAAUCAGGAAAGAAGAAAACCUUUCUCAUGUGACUGUAAAAAGCGUUUGGCUUUCAAAACUGUUUUUGAUGCUCACAUGAGAACUCAUACGGGUGAAAAGCCGUUUACAUGUGUGAACUGUGGGAAAAGUUUUAUUCGAAAACAGCAGUUAACUCAGCACAUGGUGAUUCACACUGGUGAAAAGCCGUUUACAUGUGUGAACUGUGGGAAAAGUUUUAUUCGAAAACAGCAGUUAACUCAGCACAUGGUGAUUCACACUGGUGAAAAGUCGUUUUCAUGUAGGUACUGUGGAAAAAGUUUUAUUCGAAAACAGGAUUUAUCUCGGCACAUGAUGAUUCACACUGGUGAAAAGCCAUUUUUAUGUGGGAACUGUGGAAAAGGUUUUAGUGGAAAACAGCAGUUAACUCGGCACAUGAUGAUUCACACUGGUGAAAAGCCAUUUUCAUGUGGGAACUGUGGAAAAAGUUUUAUUCAAAAACAGCAGUUAACUCGGCACAUGAUGAUUCAUACUGGUGAAAAGCCGUUUUCAUGUGGGAACUGUAGAAAAAGUUUUAUUCGAAAACAUCAUUUAACUCGGCACAUGGUGAUUCACACUGGUGAAAAGCCGUUUUCAUGUGGGAACUGUGGAAAAAGUUUUAUUCAAAAACAGCAGUUAACUCAGCACAUGGUGAUUCACACUGGUGAAAAGCCGUUUUCAUGUGUGAACUGUGGAAAAGGUUUUAGUGGAAAACAGAAUUUAUCUAUUCACAUGAGGACUCACAGAGGCGACAAGCCGUAGCAGUGUUUUACAUGUGUGUCCUAUGUUGAGGUUCACUAUUAAAUUGAUUUGGUUAAAAACUAGAAUUAAAGACUGGAGAGAUUUCAUGUCUAUAAAACAUCUUGACAUUAGGAUACGUAGAGAUGUGAAGCAAUUUCCUUGAGAGAUGCUUUGUUUUUUUUCUGGCAUAUUCUGUAGCAACAAUAAUGACAAACUGUAUUGUUGUUAUAUACACCAUUCAAUAAAAUGACAUGGAUUAUAACAAAAUUGGGUGAUAAAUUGUACUAGGUGGCAUUUAAUGCCCUUAUGGCUACUGGGUAUAAACUGAUCUUCAGUCUGUUUGUGUUAGGGUGGAGUUCCUCGAGAGAAGGCAGAGAGUAGUCGAUAGUCCUCUGGGCAGAUUUUAUGAUUCUCUGGAGAGGCUUCCUCUGUGCUACUAUGCAGCUGGAGAACCACGCAGAGACAAUAGCAGAAAACGUCUCUUAGAGGUACCUCCUAAACUACACGGAGAGGCAGCCAUUUUGGGUCAAGGGGCAAAUUUUGGCCAUUUUUCACUUUUAUUCAAGUCAAACUUUAACAAACUCCUCCUAUGGAUUUCGACCUAUUGGCUUCAUUCUUGGCCAGGAUACAGGUAAUGAGUGGGGCUUUAAAAGUUAUCAAAAAAAUUCACCUUUUGUAUAUGUUCAGGUUGCGUGGUAGAUUAGCGAAUUUGGCGUACUCGCCAACCCAAACAAAACGUUAUGACUUUCACUUAAAAAGGUCAAUUGGCACCAAACUUGGCAUGAAUGAUCCUGUUUGGAUCCCUGACAAUCCUAUGUCUUCAUAAUCUGACGUAAUCUAAUAUCAAGGUGGAAUAACAUCCCCACAUAAACUCCCAGGUGCAUCAAACUUCAUUUGUAUCAUCACAGACCAGGGCUCAUCACAUUCACAUGGCCAAUUAGUGACAUCACCCCUACCCCUUUCAACAGGAAGUCAGUGUUUUCCCACUCUUUUUCUUCCCUUUACUCGACGGUUCAUGCAGAUUUCAACCUGUGUUUAAUGAAGUAGAACAACAUGAUGGUAAAUCCUUCUCUCAACACUGGCUGGCAGCAGCAUGUGGAUGUGGCUGAAUGAUGAAUACUAAUCCAUCGCUGUUUGCACCUUUAUCGCAAAAUCAUACAUGCAUCAUUGUAUUUGCACUAAACUUGUUAUGAUUGACCUUGGUUAACCUCUUAAGAACCCAAUGGCAUUAAAUUGUCAUUUCACUCCACUGCGCCCCCUAGGUUAUUUCAACAGUUGUAUCUC